GCACUAGGUAUGAAAUGAAUAAAACACACCCCACCCCACCACCCUACAUGGCCUACAAACUCCACGAGCCCAUCAUGUACGACUGGCGGGGCACCUUCACCCAGUUCUACCAACUGCAACAAGCUGGUACUUUAUGUGAUCUGACCGUACAGACCCGGGAUGGGCAGAUACCCGCACACAGCUUGGUCGUGUUCACCAGAGUGCCGUAUUUUAGGGCGCUCCUUCAGUUCUCAUCUUCAGCUGACAGGACUCACCCAACUGAAACAGACCUAAAGAACUACGACAGAGUUACAGUUGAGUCUGUCAUUAAGUUUGUGUACACAGGAUCCGUUGAAGUAAACUCUCUCCCUCUCCUUAACAAGGUAUUUUGUCUGGCAGAUUUCCUCCAAAUUUCCAACCUGCGUGACCAAUGCGAAGACGUAAUCUUCUCAACUCUGAACAUUGAGAACUGCGUUGAACUGGCUAACUUCUCCACAGUCUACAGCACUAUCGUCAGUCAGCACCACAAAACUGCAAUCCUCGAAUUCCUACUCUGCCGCUGGAACUACAUAAUCGAAACCAAUACCUGGACUGACCUUAAGUACGAGAUAAUCCGCAAACUGGUCAUAUCAGACGAGUUUAACGUGAAGAACGAGGAACAGGUUUUAUCUGCAGUUCUGGGCUGGGUCUCCGCUAAACCAACCAGAGUAAUCCUGCUUCAGAGCCUGUUACAGGAUGUUAGACUCCACGCUGUAUCAGAGAAAGUUCUAGAUAAACUAGAGGGACAUCCUCUUGUUAGAUCUCUCCCGGAGUGUUGCCGGCUUAUAGACGAGGGAAGAGUCUUCGCUUCCAACGUCAAGUGUGACACUACCCCGAUUAGGUUGAAACCUCGGACCUACAUGGACAAAUCAUUUUGCGUGUUUUGUUUGUACAAGACAUACCCUCCAGAAGUUUUAUACCCUCGUCCUGAUUUCUCAAACGUAGCCUGUCCCCACUCCAGAGACACCCUGUCAAGACAGUACGACUCCAGAUACAACGCAGCCUACUGUAACAAACAGAGCAAUAACUGCAACGUUCUUGUGUAUUCAAAGAUCAUGAGCACUGGGAGCAGCCCAUGGAGACUGUAACGAGGUCGUGGGCACAGGACACCGCCAUGGCCACGCAGGGCUAUUCUGUGUAUCUUUUAGGGAACCGGCAGUGGGAGUUUGGUAAUAUAUCCCACAAAGACGAGGUGUAUGAUGGGACUGUGUCUUUUGAUAGGCUAUCUCAGACGUGGGAAGAGUGCGGGAAUCUGCCUUUCCCGGUUAUGUUCAAUUCUUGUGGGUCUGUCCGUGGUAGAUUAUUUUCGUGUGGAGGACUGAAUUUAGCUCGGUCUGUAGGUGCAUAUUGCAUUCCCACUCUGUUGCUUUCCACUGAGGAUGGAGGGCAGUGGGAGUAUAUGAACGAUAUGUUGUGCGCGCGGCGCCACCACGGCGCGGCUGCACUCCAGGAUCGGGUUUAUGUUGCUGGAGGAAAGACAAAAGGAGAAGAUUUGAACCCUUGUUCGUUUUCAGAGUGUUGGGACCCUGAGACUAACGAGUGGGUUAAAAUACCCAACCCCUGGAACAACAGGUCUAAAUUGUCCGUGUGUACCUCUCCUGAUCGCUUCUUCAUACUCGGGGGUUUUAAUCUCAGUCCGGAGGAACUAUGUUAUGAUUACACGUGGGAGUGUUACGAUCCGCGGGAGGGGAAGUGGAGCAAUCCUUUAGUUCUCCCUGGGAAAUAUUUCGAUUUUAGGACGGCAUACCUUGACAAUGAAGUAUACAUGAUCGGGGGCUCAACUAGUUUUGACCCUUAUGGAGACGAAGUGUGGUCCCGAGAUGUGAAUGUGUUAGAUUUACGCGCUAUGAAGUGGAGGGCGGGCGCACCUCUACCAUUGCGUGCACCACCAGAGUUGAGCGAGCUAGAUGAGAUUCUAAGUGGCCUAUCCGGGGUGGAGACUCCCAACAUUCCUAUCCCUACCGGUACUGCUGUCCUCACUUGAAACAUUUUUGUAUGCGGGUGUUUUGCUGAUUUUAGAUUAUUUAUUGUUUCAAUACAUUUGUAAAUUUAAGUUAUCUUGUUAUGUUGAAUUAUUUUUAUAAGUUCUCUUAAGUUUUGUUAUCAAAAAUUAUCGACCGUGCCUUAAUCCUGAUUGUAGAAAGUUUAUUCUAAUUAUUUUAUAUUAUAUAUUACAUUGUGUUGUACAUAAUUUACUUGAUUAUUCACAUGUAAACUUGGUGUCGUUAAAAUAAAAAUAACAUUAAACAAUUACUACUUUGUUACUUAACUA